UUCAGCCCUGCCUGCAGUUGAGCACAAAGACCUGGAGGAGAGACUCCCACAGGCUUCAGGGAGAAAGAAGAAAGGAGGCAGCGACGCCGCAGAUCCAGAGGAACUUGUGGCGUGUGGCCUUUUGGUGCCAAGGGCCGGCUGGAAGGGGAAGGGGCGAGGGGGCGUGUAUCGAAGCCACAGAGGCGGUUGGUGCGCUGUGAGAUGAGCCGCUGCUGCUGCUGCUGCUGCUGACAGCUGCCGACAGCGGUUCCACGAUCCCCCUGCUGCCCUUAGGUGCUUCAUGUACAUGUGUCUAUUCAGGCCGGCUCGAGGCGCCCAGAAGAGCAUCCACCACGGCUGCCGGGGAAAGACCGCCCACCAUGCCCACCGAGACGCUACAGACAGGUAGCAUGGUGAAGCCGGUCAGCCCCGCGGGCACCUUCACCUCGGCUGUCCCCCUGCGCAUCCUCAACAAAGGACCAGACUACUUCCGCAGGCAGGCUGAGCCCAACCCCAAGAGGCUGAGCGCCGUGGAGAGGCUGGAAGCCGACAAGGCCAAGUAUGUCAAGAGCCAGGAGGUGAUCAAUGCCAAGCAGGAGCCCGUGAAGCCCUCCGUGUUGGCUAAGCCGCCUGUGUGCCCAGGUGCCAAGCGCGCACUGGGCAGCCCCACGCUCAAGGUGUUCGGGAACCAUGCCAAGACGGAGAGUGGCAUGCAACGGGAGACGCUCAAGCUGGAGAUCUUGAAGAACAUCAUCAACAGCUCCGAGGGCUCCAGCUCGGGCUCAGGCCACAAACACAGCUCCCGCAACUGGCCACCGCACCGAUCCGAUGCCAGUGACCUGCACCGCCACUCCUUCGCCGAGUCCCUGAAGGUUUACCCCACGCCAGGCCGGGGCAGUCCCCAAGAAAGCAGCUCCCAUGUGAGCAGGAGGCUCCUGGAGCAAUCGGCCGAGUCCUUCCUGCACGUCUCCCACAGCUCCUCGGACAUCCGCAAGGUGACCAGCGUGAAGCCCCUCAAAGCGAUCCCUUGCAGCAGCUCUGCCCCUCCCCUGCCCCCCAAGCCCAAGGCCGCCGCCCCCAUGAAGUCCCCUGAAGCUGACCCCCCUGUGGAGCCAGCUUGUGGUGUCAGCCGAAGGCCCUCCCUCCAGCGGUCCAAGUCAGACUUGAGUGACAGAUAUUUCCGAGUGGAUGCGGAUGUGGAGAGGUUUUUCAACUACUGUGGACUGGACCCAGAAGAGCUGGAAAACCUUGGCAUGGAAAACUUUGCCAGGGCUAAUUCUGACAUCAUCUCCCUCAACUUCCGCAGCGCCAGCAUGAUCAGCUCAGACUGUGAACAGUCUCAGGACAGUAACAGUGACCUUAGAAAUGAUGACAGUGCCAAUGACCGCGUGCCAUAUGGCAUCUCCGCCAUCGAAAGAAAUGCUAGGAUCAUCAAGUGGUUAUAUAGCAUCAAACAAGCUAGAGAGUCACAGAAGGUGUCCCACGUGUAAGAGAUACACCUGCUGGAAAAGACGGGGAGGGGCGGGUCUGUCUGUGCAUAUGCAGUCGUGAAGGUUGUGAGGUCUCCUUUGAAGUGUUGUGAGCUUUUCCACUCUUUGUGUUGCUCUGUUGUGCAAUGUUUUCAAGUUGCAUGCCUGUCAACAUGGCGCCGAGUCUGGCUUCCCCUUCACAUCUCUGCAGAGCCUGGCUGAACACACUUACCUGCCAAAAGUUUCAGGCCAGAAUCUAAAUUAGGGCUUUGCUCUUAGACAAAACUGUUUACA